AUAGGUAAGCACUAAGCCCCAAUUCAAUUCAAUUUGUACCGAAAUGCUGCAUUCAGGUUUUAGGGCAUUAGGCAGUUAAUCAUCCAAAUCAUCUUAGGUGAUCGCCGCCAUUUGAACCACCGUAAUGGCCACUCUCACCGCCGACCAGCCUCUAACCCUGGAUUCUCUCCCUUCCGUAGACUUAACUACCCUAACCCAAUCCGAGCUCCUCUCCCUCUCCCUUUGUUCCCCAACCGCCUUCGACCUUCACUGCUCCGACAACCUCGUAAUCCCUUCCAUCGACCGUUCCAGCUUCAAUGAAUCCGCCGGCUCCCGUCGCCAGACAUUCGCCCGUCUUUCCCCUAACAACCAUCAUUCCUCCCAUCACCACCCUCUCCGCCACCGCAUCCCCGGCCUUCUCCCUGCCCCCAAACCAGCCCCUCCUUUCCCUCCUCUACAUGACCCCGAAGCCCUAGAGAACCGAUCCAUAAUAUCUUCCCUCAAGGUCUCCCUCAAAUCCCACCCCGAAUUCCAGCAUCUCGAUUUCACUACCCCUCCUUCCUCCCCUAGGGACGCCAUUGUAAGUUACGGGAUGAGGGAUACCAUGGUGGAUUUUGAGAUUAAAGAUGCAAUGAUCAGCCUUGGGAAGAGGAAGAGAGGGACGAAGCCCAAUGUGCAGGCUGUUAAUUCCGAGGAAGAGCGAGAGCGGGGUUUAGAGAUUGUGAACAAUAAUGGAGUUGCCGUCGAUUUGGUCGCAUUGGGCGGUUUGGAGGAUCCUUAUGCGGAGGAAUUGAAAAGGAGGACCGAUGGAAUGGCGGGAAGUGAGGAGGCUUUGCUAGGGUUUAUGAGGGAUUUGGGUGGGCAGUGGUGUAGCAGGAGAAGGAAGAGGAAGAUUGUUGAUGCUAGCAUCUUCGGAGAUGUCUUGCCGAUAGGGUGGAAGCUUUUGUUAGGGUUAAAGAGGAAGGAAGGUCGUGCUUCUGUAUAUUGCCGGAGAUAUAUUAGUCCCGGUGGGCGGCAUUUUAUAUCAUGUAAAGAAGUCGCUGCAUACUUGCAAUCCUGCUUCGGUCUCCAUGAUGCACCCUUGACAAUGGAUAAUGAUGGCGACAUUGCUCAGCAUAUUUAUCAAAUGGCUUCUGAAAAUGAAGGUGCAAUCCAGAAAGGGGAUGAUCAAAGGCGGACUGAACGUGGGAAGGAAGUCAACUUACUGGGAAUGGAUAACCUGGCAGAAGUUCAAAUACAUGAUCUUUUCGAAUGUCAUAAAUGCAAUAUGACUUUUGAUGAGAAGGAUGCAUAUUUACAACAUCUUUUAUCAUUUCACCAAAGGACUACAAGGAGGUACAGGCUUGGUUCUUCUGUUGGAGAUGGUGUGAUACUUAGAGAUGGGAAAUUUGAAUGCCAAUUCUGCCAUAAGGUAUUUCAUGAACGACGUAGGUACAAUGGCCAUGUAGGGAUCCAUGUUAGGAACUUUGUGAGAGGAAUUGAAGAUUCACCUGGUUUACUGACGCUUCCCAGGAGAACUGAGAUUGCAACUAAGCAAGAGUUGCCCGCGAGGAUUUCCAAAAUGGAUGCUUUAAUUGAAAUUGCGCAGAAUUCUAUUCUUGAAACUAGUACUGCUGUGCCUAGAUAUGAACUCAAUGAUGGAUCGAGUCCUGAUAAAUUGAAUGCAGUUCCAAUUCCAGAUAUUCCUGCUUCUACUUCUGAUCAUGAAAUGAAUUCUGAUUCGCCUUCAAGUGAUUCUGGAACAGAGGAUGAAGUGACUGAUAGAACGCUAGAUCAAGAUUUAUGUCAAAAAACCAGUGAGCCUAUGGUCAUUGAUGAGAAGAUGAAGAAGAUUGAUGAAGCUAUCAGUGUUGCAAAUAUGGAUUCUCUUUUUGAUGCUACAAUUUCUGAUUGUAUGGACGAGCAAAAUGGUAGUACAUCUGAAACUGUAGUCAGAAAAGAUGGCUUAACAAUUCAUGCUGAAGAAGCUGACAAGUCUGGCAUUGAGCAACAUAGAGGUCCUGAAAGAAACUUACUUGUUCCCUCCACCGAUCAGGGUGUCUGUGAUGUUGAGAAUGAAGUCAAUUUAGUUGGUGCGGGCACAAAGGAGAAUCCUAAACCUGAAGAAGUGGAUAUCAGUACCAAUUCUGAGUUAGUUGUUGGUUUAGGGAAUAGUUGUGAGCCAGCUAAAGAUGUUUCACCAGAGACUAUACGUCAACCAUCUGGAGAAAAUGUACUUCAGGCUGAAGUCCCUGAAUCAUCAAUGCCCCUAUUGUUACCAGUCGAUGGUCCAUUGGUUGCAAAUUCUAUCUCGGACAAGCAGGGAGAAGAUGGUUUAUGCAGCAUCAACGAGAGGCUUGACAACAUUACAGGAUUUGACGAGCCGAAGUUGGUUGAAACAGAGGCGAUCAAUUUGAGCAUCGGCGGUGUGCAAGUAUCUUCCUCGUUGCCAGAGGUUCCAGUAGAGUUGGCUAAUAUAGAAGGUGAUUACACUUCGUCGGUUCAGUUUGGAUCAGAAGUCUUGUUAAAUAUGGCUGGCAAGCCUCAGCUUACAACUCUGUGUGUAUGGUGUGGGACGGAGUUCAACCAGGAGGCCGUCGAUUCUGAAAUACAAUCAGAUUCAGUUGGUUAUAUGUGUCCAACCUGCAAGGCCAAAUUUCUAGGCAACUCACUACAAUAAUCAUGCAGUUCAUUUGCCAUGUAUAAAAGGAUAAAAACAACAGUGAUUCAGCUAUGAAUGAUCUCCAGCUUUGGUAAGCCUUUCAUGUACAAAGUUACAGAGCUAGAACCCCCUAAUGUUGGUAACUUAAAUUAAAUUUAUAUUAGUCUAUUGCAGAGCCUACCUCUGUUAUUAUUUUUUAAUCCUAGUAAUUUUUUUUUCCUAUGGCUUAUGUGGUGCUUGAUGUAUCUUUUCCUCUAUGGUAGCAUAUUUUGGAAUAUUAUCUUAUGCUAGAUUAGUUCUUUAUGCCAUCCAGACUACGUAGGACUGACACUUUGAUCUUUCAAAAUUGAUGUAAAAGAUUGUGUUAUAUAUAAUGUGGUCAUAGUAUAUUCCUACCGAGUUCACGUAA